CAUCAGCAUUUCCCCACCAGUAGCCACCGCGGAGCAGCCCACCCACCACCACACAACAGCCAGCCGCUGCCGCCCUCGGUGCCCCCGGCGGCCAUGGCGAUGGAGUCCCUGGGCGUGCUGCUGCUGCACCCCAUGAACGCCUACCUGGAGCAGGAGCUCGACCGCCGCUUCCGCCUCUUCCGCUUCUGGGACUCCCCUCCCGACGGCCGCGCCGAGUUCCUCCGCGCCAACGCCUCCGCCAUCCGCGCCGUCGUCGGCAACGCCGGCUACAACGCCGACGCCGCGCUCAUCGACGCGCUGCCGUCGCUCGAGAUCGUCGCCUCCUUCUCUGUGGGGAUCGACCGCGUCGACCUCCCCAAGUGCCGCGAGCGCGGGAUCCGCGUCACCAACACCCCCGACGUCCUCACCGACGACGUCGCCGACCUCGCCGUCGGCCUCGCCAUCGCCGCGCUGAGGAAGAUCCCGCAGGCCGACCGCUACGUGCGCGCCGGCCUGUGGAAGGCCAAGGGGGACUACACACUCACCGCGCGGUUCAGUGGUAAAAGAGUUGCCAUUCUUGGGCUUGGCAGGAUAGGCUUAGCCAUAGCAAAAAGAGCUGAAGCAUUUGGUUGCUCAAUCAGUUAUCAUUCAAGAUCAGAGAAGCCAUUUCCAAACUACAAGUUCUUUACAAAUGUUGUAGACCUGGCAGCCAAUUGUGACGUGCUUAUUGUAGCAUGUUCGCUCAAUGCCGAGACCCAUCACAUUGUUAAUCGUAAGGUCGUGGAUGCACUAGGACGAGAUGGUGUGCUCAUAAACAUUGGGCGUGGAGCACAUGUGGAUGAACCUGAGCUUGUGUCUGCUCUUCUUGAGAAACGCCUUGGAGCAGCAGGCCUUGAUGUGUUUGAGCAUGAGCCCUUUGUUCCAGAGCAACUUUUCAGCUUAGAUAAUGUUGUUUUGGUCCCUCAUGUAGGAAGUGAUACAGAAGAAACAUGCAAGGCAAUGGCUGAUCUGGUUCUCAAGAAUUUAGAGGCACAUGCUCUUAAUAAGCCCUUACUCACCCCAGUCAUCUGAUUGUUACUGGGAUGCCCAGAUGUUAGCAGUUUGUAAUCCAAACUCUUGAGUUUUUUUUUUAUGUCUAGUUUAAUUAUCUGGCGGGUUAUUGUUUUUGAAAGACAUCAAUGUUUGGCUGUUAUGCAAUCAACAACCAUCAUAAAUAAGAUUACCAGUUUCUAAA